AUGUCACAACCCAAAGUCCUAAUAGCAGGAGCCGGCCUCGGCGGUCUCUGUCUAGCUCAAGGUCUCAAAAAAGCCGGCAUAGAUUUCCACGUCUACGAGCGAGACCAAGCAUCAGACUACCGAUUGCAAGGCUAUCGAAUCCGGAUUCACUCCGAAGGAACCGACGCUCUCCAACAAUGUCUCCCCGAUGACAUCUACCAACUAUUCGAAGACACCUGCGCCGAAAUGCGUCUAGGACCCGGCUCCCAAGCCGAUCCUCUAACCGGCGAAAUCCUCCCUCCUCAACCCCCACAGUUUGGCAAAGGACCUCCUCCCAUGUUUCGCAAUGCUCGCACGGUUGAUCGUCGCGUUUUCCGCGAUGUUCUCCUAACGGGAUUGGAAAAUCACGUUUCCUUCGGAAAAGAAUUCUCCCAUUAUACCACAAACAACAGCGACUCCAUAACCAUCACUUUUUCCGACACCACCUCCGCAACCGGUACUCUCCUCAUCGGCGCCGAUGGCGUUCACUCCCGCGUCAGGAAACAAUUUCUUCCAUCCCACAUUCCCCUCGACACAGGCGGUCGUAUCAUCUAUGGCAAAACACCUCUCUCCACCAGCCUCACAGACACAUUCCCACCCGAACUGCUCAAAAGCAUGUCUAUCAUCCGCGAUCCGCACGGCCCCAUCCCCACUAUCACCCUCCUCGAACCCAUCACUUUCAAACUCCCCAUUUCAUCCUCUCCUCCCCUUCCCAUCGCCGUCCCCCAACCCUACAUAUACUGGGUAACCUCAACCCAAGAAUCCGAUCUGGCUCGCCUUCCCACCUCCACACACCCCCACUCUCUAUCCCAAACCCUAACUUCCCACUUCCACCCUACCCUCCACCCCCUCUUCACCCACCAAAUCCCCUCCCAAACCUCCCUCCUCCCCAUCUCCACUCACCCCUCGCCCCUCCCCUCCUGGCCCAGCAACCCCACUCUCACCCUCCUCGGCGAUGCCGCCCACGCUAUGCCUCCGACCGGCGCCUCAGGUUGCGUUACCGCGCUGCGGGACGCCGGAAAUCUCGUGCGAUUGCUAGUGGAAAGGGGUGUGAAAGAUGGAAUCAAAAUCUAUGAAGAGGAGAUGAGGGAAUAUGGAAGUGUGACGAUUGAGAGGAGCUUGGAGGCUGCGGUGAAGAUGUUUGGGUUCAAGUCGAGAGAGGAGUGGAGGAACGUGGAGUAG